UAAACCACAGUGACUUCUGCAUUACUCCUCAGUGCCAGUGAGUCUGAUUCUGGCUUUCAGUUCCAGUUGGACUCACCCAGCUGAGGAGGGCGAGCUCACACCCAAACCAUGGCGCUUCCCAACUUGUGCCAAAGCGCCUCCGCGCUGCUCCGCCGGGUCGAGCCGAUCAUCGUGCUCGAGCAGCUGGGCAGCUCCCUCUUCGACACCGCGCUGCAGCUGGUGGUCAAGGACCGGUGCGCCAACGCCACCUCCCCGGACCUCCCCGCGGAGGAGAGCCGGCAGAAGGCCAUGACGGACUUCUUCAUGACCUACAACCUCAUCAUCCGCCUGGUGCCCAUCCUGCCCGCGCUGCUGCUGGCCAGGCUGAGCGACCGCGGCUGGAGGAAGGCGCCCAUCGUGGCGCCCCUGUGCGGCUACCUGCUGUCCAGGCUCGCCCUGCUCCUGGUGGUCGUCGGCCGCCUGCCGCUGCAGGUGAUGUUCGGCGCCGCGGUGCUCUUCGAGCUGACCGGCGGCUUCUGCGCGUACUGGCCCGGCGUCAUGACGCUGGCGUCGCUCGGCUCCACGGCGACCGACCGCUCCAAGGUGAUGAUGAGGGUGGAGCUGCUGUACGGGUUGGCGGGUCUGGUGGGCAGCUUGUCGUCGGGUCAUCUGUUCCUGGUGUUCAGCACCAGUGUGGGACACGGAGUCGUCCUGCUCAUUGUGAGCACGCUGCUGCACCUGUUCAUUCUCAUACACUCCAUCGUCCUGCUGCAGGUGAAAGAAGUGUCCAGCAGUGAGACCUGCCACAUCCUUUCUCCCGCACCCGACGAUGAUGGCGCCGCUGCCGUUGCCGAGGCUCCCACCGGGAUAAACAUGGUGAACGUGGUUCUGCUGUUCGCGGCCGCCUUCCUGUACGACUUUGCGGUGGGCGGAGCCAUGGAAAUACUGGGCGUGUUUGUGAUGAAAGAGCCGCUCAGCUGGAGUGCCUCUCAGGUUGGUUACGGGAACGCAGCAGGCUCCACGAUCUUCCUCACCAGUUUCCUCGGCGUCAUGCUGUUCCGCCGCUGCGCCGUCAGCGACGUCGCGAUCAUCCUGAUUGGCAUGCUGUCGUUCGCCUUGGGAAUCUACUUCAUGUCCUUCGUCACGGCGACGUACAUGUUCUACCUCGCUCGCUCGCUCAACAUGUUUGCUCUCAUCCCGACACCGAUAAUCAGAUCCCUGCUCUCGCAGCAGGUUCCAUCGACCUCAUAUGGCACCGUUCUCACAUCGCUGCAGUUGGCCAUGAAGUUCGCCGGCCUGGCCUACAUCCCCGCCUUCACCAAGAUCUACCAGGGAACCCUGGUCUGGUUCCCAGGCUUCGUCUUCACGCUCUCCAGCGUCUUCUCGGUCCUGGGCAUGAUUCCCAUCAGUAUCGUGGGCUGCAGAGCACCUCCGAGGCGACGGGGGAAAUACAUUCUGGGAGACUGACUCAACCUCGGCACAGCGGAGGACGGGAAGCAAGACCUCAAAUGAGCAGACGGAGAGUCACACCCUGUUACAGGAGAAAGAGACACAAGUUUCAUGUUUACAUGAUGAGCAGUUCUCCUUUGACCCAGACGCAGGCAGCAGACGUCAUCAACCAGUGGAUUUCAGGUGAAUUAGGUCCACACUUCCUUAAAGGGAUCGUGAGACGUCCGUAACAAGACACCGAACAUGAUUUCAACAUCUUUUCAUUGAAUGUGUCAGACACAAAAAGUCCCUUUUUUGUUUAUGUCUGAUUGUUUGUUUUAAAUUUGAUCAAAAUCGGACUUGAAAUCCUGAUGUUUGUUUGCCUGUUGCUCUUGACACAGGCCUCUUGACACUCUCUGUCAAUGUACGUGCAGAGUUGUUUGCAUUAUGAUGUUUGCAUUAUGAUCUUCAAAAUCACCAAUGUUAUGUCAAUAGAUUAGAUUUAAAAUAUAGACACUUUAGGGUAUAUGGGAGGGCAACAAAACGUCUUGCUUUUUGUUGUUCAGUACUUGAAAAUGCACUUACUUAUUAGCAUGACAUUACUGUAAACAGUGUCAUAAUUAAGCAAAUUUGUGAUUUGUGUAUAACAAAUCACAAAUUUGUCACGAAUGUUGUGCAUUAUUUUGUAUUGUUUUGUAAAAAAAUUAUAAUUUAGAAACAAAACUUUAUGAAUGAAUUAUUUUUGUAUUAUCUAGUAGAUAUAUUUUAGUUUUUUCUACUUUUGAGUAGAGGUUUGGAAAUCUCAUGACGUUUUCUGUCAUCUUUUGUUUUAUGGUACAAACAGUGGAGCCUACAUUGUUAUUAUUACUUUUUAUUGUAUGCAUUGAUUUAUUAUUGUUAUUAAAUGUGUUUAUGUGACACAUACAACAGGGUUGCUGUACACGAGGAACGUUUCAUGUUGGUAUAAGGGUUAGGAAAAAAGGAAAAUGUGUUUAACUAAUUUUUAACUGCAAAUUAAGUUGUAUAAGCAGGAGUUUUGUUUUUUAAUAAAAAUUCCUAAAACAA